CAGGUUUGUAGAUAGAACUUAAAUAUGGCCAAGUCCAUGGUGAAUGCCCCAGCCAGCUGUAUCUCUGUUCAGCCUCACAAGCCAACACUGUUGCCUGCAACCAGAGGAUUCGGUAGUGUCCAUCUGAAGCAGAGAGCUGUCAAGAAGAUGACGAUGACGAUGACCCCCAAGAUGUCGAUCUCAGCCGUACCCGUUGAGAACACUGCUACCUCCAACACCAACAUGUUUGACAUUCCUAUCAUGGUAAACGGUUGUAGUGGUAAGAUGGGGAAGGUCAUUAUCAGCGCAGCAGAGUCUGCUGGACUCAAUGUGGUUCCUGUCUCCUUUGGAUCUGCUCAAGAGGCUGGCCAAACCGUCCAAGUCGGCACAAAGGAGGUUCUAGUCCAUGGUCCUUCGGAUAGAGAAUCCACACUUGAGUCUCUUCUUGUUAAAUAUCCCGAUUUGAUUGUGGUUGACUUCACUGUCCCUUCUGCAGUAAAUGAUAAUGCAGAGCUAUAUUGCAGAGUUGGAGUGCCCUUUGUGAUGGGAACAACCGGUGGAGAUAGGGAUCUCUUGUAUAAGACUGUACAAGACUCUAAAGUCUAUGCAGUGAUUUCCCCUCAAAUGGGGAAACAGGUUGUUGCAUUUCUUGCAACCAUGGAAAUUAUGGCUGAGCAAUUUCCUGGAGCUUUCUCUGGGUAUUCCCUGCAGGUGAUGGAAUCACAUCAAGCAAGUAAACUUGACACAUCUGGAACCGCCAAGGCUGUUAUUUCCUGCUUCCAGAAGCUGGGAGUGUCCUUUGAUAUGGAUCAGGUCCAAUUGAUAAGGGAUCCCCAGCAACAGGUAGAGAUGGUGGGAGUUCCAGAGGAGCAUUUGUCUGGUCAUGCAUUUCAUAUGUACCAUCUCACUUCACCUGAUCAAACAGUUUCUUUUGAGUUUCAGCAUAAUGUUUGUGGUAGAUCAAUAUAUGCAGAGGGUACAGUUGAUGCUGUAAUUUUCCUUGCUAAGAAGGUUUAUUUAAAGGCAGACAAACGGAUUUACGAUAUGAGGGAUGUACUGCGAGAGGGUUUAUUUAAAGGCAGACAAACGGAUUUACGAUAUGAGGGAUGUACUGCGAGAGGGUAACAUGAGAUGAUGUUAUGAC